AACAAUAUCUUAUAUAAUUUACAGGAUGUCUCGGGGAAGAGGUAGUGCAUGUACAAUCCUGCUCAUUGGAGCACUGAUAUGUGUAAUUCUCCAUGCUGAGCAUGUCCAAGCUGCAACUUUUACGGUCGGAGAUGCCCGUGGAUGGUCCUUCAACGUGAACAAUUGGCCAAAAGGAAAGCGCUUUAGUGCCGGAGAUGUGCUCGUAUUCAAGUAUGAUUCGACGAUCCACAAUGUGGUGGUGGUUGACAGAGAUGGUUACAACAACUGCAGGACUCCUAGAGGAGCAAAAGUGUAUAGAUCAGGGAAGGACCAGAUAAGGUUGGGGAGGGGACAGAACUUCUUCUUGUGUAACAUUGCUGGGCAUUGUGAAUCUGGAAUGAAGAUUGCUAUAAAUGCAGUGUAGAAUGUCCAAGAGUUAUCAUCAUGGCUGCUACUUAGUUUUGUCAAAAAUAAUAGUCCAUGACUUUUUAAUGUUUGCUUGAUGUGUCUUUGUUGUUGUGGUCCGGUGGAUCAAAAAUAAAACUAUGCAAUCUAAUAUAUACAUAGUUGUCUGUUGCUUUUGAAGCUUUUGGAUUUGUGAGGUACCCUUUAUCUUAGUAUUUUGAAAGCAAUUUUCUACAAUUGCUCUUUUUAUAGUAAAAAUAUGUGAUUGUUGUUUGGGUGUUAA